ACGGCACUCUCUCAUGAGCUGGCCACACACCUCCUCACUCUCUCAUUACACUCAGACCCACUCAUUAUUAAAAGAGGAGAAUUCCUCACAAUCAAAAAAGAGAAGAUGUCUCUCACUCAAUACCCUCUCUCACUCACCAAACCGCAAUGUUCUUCUUCUCCAUAAUCACAACCUGGCUGAAGAUUUCUCUCAUUCACCUCACAUUCUUCUUCCUCACUACACACCAAAACCACCUCCAUCUUUCUCUCAAAAUCCAGCCGACUAUUCUCCUUCCAUUUCCUCCUUCAACUGAACACCACCACGCCGUGAAUCCAUCGCUCCAGCCGUACUCCGACAACGACACACACACCGCGCCAACCACCGUAAUGUAUAAAUUCCAACCACCGUCUUCCACAAACUCGCCGCUCCAACAUCCACGAGCCACCUCCAUAACGUCUUCACCAUCUAACAAAACAACCGAAAACCAACUCAAAACCAUCAUCCCUCACGCCGACAACCAAACACGCGACUUUCCGUGACAACCCAACACAUCGCCGGCCAACCCAAUUGGAACCACCGAAUCUCGCAUCAACACAACCAUAACUUGUAGCAUCAGUGAUCUCGACGCACGAGCUAGCAAAAGCUUAACAUUUCGCGACACGAACCCGACAACAUAAUAACAAAUGAGCUAAGUGACAUUCACUUCUAUCGCGUGUGCUUUCAAUGUUGGCUCUUGAACUGUGUGUUCUAUUUUGGUUGCAAGCUUUUUCUAUUUGACAGGUCAAAACAUCGGGGAUGUCGAUACGAUGAAGUUGAAGCGUCGCGUCUGUGUUGGAUUCAAUUGAUGUCGUUUACCCCACGGUGCGGUCGAGAAAGACGAGCGCAAUGGCCUAAAGCACGAUCUCGUCCCUAGCCAUAAUAAUAAGCAUUGAAGCGUCUCAAUUUCGGAAUUCAAGAAACAUGGAAUCAAGCAAAAGGAACAUUUACUCAUUCAAGUUCAAAGAUCCCGAUCUAAGGAGCUUACGUAGCCUGAUCUCUCAGAUGCACCCUGUAUACAGAAUCAACUUUGGAAAGAACUAUGGCAAUUUGCUCAGCAUCCUCAAUCAACAAGUGGACCAUACAGCCUUGAUCACUUUAGCCCAAUUUUAUGACUUACCUUUAAGAUGCUUCACAUUCCAAGACUUCCAGCUAGCACCAACGUUGGAAGAAUUCGAGCGUCUUAUUAGGAUCCCUAUGAAGGACAAGCCACUAUUUGUAGGGACAGAUGAAUCUUUGCCCCUCGAGAUCAUUGCUAGUGCCCUUCACAUGGAUGAAAAGGAAGCAAAAGACAAUUUAGAGACCAAAGGAAGUACCAAAGGGUUUUCACUAAGUUUUCUUUUGGAAAGAGCUCAUACCCUGUUGAAGGCAGAAAGUUGGGAUGCUUGUUACUCUGCUAUUGCAUUGGAUAUCUAUGGCAUCGUCCUGUUCCCUAAUAUGGAUGGUUUUAUAGACAUGACUGCCAUUUGUGUCUUCCUUACUAGGAACCCAGUACCCACUUUGUUAGCCGAUGUCUAUUAUCACAUAAGUCAUAGGUAUACUAAGAAGAAGGGGUUGAUUGCUUGUUGUGCUCCUUUAUUGUAUCAAUGGUUUCUAGAACAUCUUCCAGGUGCUUGGGUUGAACAGACAGAUAUUAGUUGGCCUCAGAGAUUGGGAUCACUCCGAUCUGAAGAUCUCUCUUGGUACUCCAAAGAAUAUAUUAACGCAGACAUCAUAUUCAGUUGUGGAGAUUUCCCAAAUCUACCGCUCAUUGGAACUCAAGGAUGUGUGAAUGCUAAUCCAGUUUUAUCACUCAGACAACUCGGUUACCCAAUGGAAGGCCCUCCAGAGGCAAAUUCUUUGGAAGCUUUCUUGUUACUUGACUUUGGGGCUGAGAAUCCUAGCUUAUUCCAGCAAAUCAAAGACGCUUGGAAAAAUGUCAAUCGAAAAGGAAAAGCUGAGUUAGGGAGAGCAAAUGGGAUUACAAAAGAACCAUAUUUUCAGUGGGUGAAGGAAAGGGUGCAGAUAAUUAAAAUGCCAUUCGUCAUUCGGACACCUAUACCUCUUCCUGAACCUAAGCUCACCCAUGUCCCUAUUGAAGAGAUGGAGGAACUCAAGGCCACCAUGGCAAAGCUAGAAAAAGAGAAUGAAGAGCUUCAGACAAAACUCCAACAAACCGUCAAUGAGAAAAAUAAUAUGAAGUGGGAGCUUGAGAGAAAAGAAGCGCAACUUCAAGCCCACGUGGAAAAGUUCAACAAGGAGGAGCAUAAGAGAAAGAAGAUCAAAGUGGGAUUAGAACAGGCUGAUCAUUGUUUGGAUACUCUUAAGGGUCAACUACGACAAACUCAGAAAGAAUGUCAAGACAAUAAGCAUUGGUGGCAUCUAGCCACAAAGGAGAACAAGACGAUAAGGGAUACACUUGGGGCUCAGAUAAAAGAACUAACCAAUUCUGUUCGUCAGGCAAAAGCAGAAGUAGAUCAGGAGCGCCGACUCAAGAAAAUAGCCACUGAAGCUUCUAGGGUGUCACCCAUGGUAUGGGAGGAAAAGUGUCGAGAAGUAAGAGAUGCCAGGGAGUCUGUAAGCUAUUGGAAGAACCAGCUAGAGUCAUUACGUCAGGACAGCUCCAUAUGGUUAAAAGAGCGAGACUAUGUGAUUGAAGAUUAUGAAUCCUUUAAGAAGACCAUAGACUUCUUACAAGGGGACAGGGAUAAGUUUCGUGCAAAACUCGAUGGGCUAGUAGGAUUCUGUAAUUGGGCAGCUGAAGAGUUGCCAUGGAGGUUGAGAGACGCAGUCGAAGAGUUGAAAGAAGAUAGCACUCCUCCAGCCAUAAUCAAUUUCGUUAUGCUCUGCAAAGGGUUGUUGAAGAGAUUCAAUGAAGAGCUUCAGGCCAGAAAGCCAGCUGUUUAAUUUGCUUAUGUCUUGUAUUUUGUUUCUUUAACAAAUGUACUUUUGAAUUAUGACCUUUUUGGACCUCUAUGUUAUGUAUUGGAAUGAAUGACGUAAAAAAAAAAAAAAAAAAAUUUACUCCAUUACUGCUAUUAUAAAUAUUUUCUUUGUUUCUUCGAAUUACUAACGACUAAUGAAACUCGAAUGAAUCCCUGGAAAUAAAAUAUGCAUAACAUUCGCAUCUUCAUUAUGCAUCACACUUCAUGAAAAUCAAAACUUACCCAACCUUUUUACCCCUUAUCCAGCCACACUGACUAAUCAACACCGAUACGAGACGCGAAGCCAAUACAAGAUGACAUUAGAACAAGUGGAGGCCAACCAGGUUACCAUGAGGACAGACAUCAAUACGAUCCAGGAGAAGAUGGAUCAGCUGUUGGAGACGAUGCUUGCAAUCGCUCAGAGAGAGAGGAGCGAAGAGGAAGAAGCCAGGGAAAAAAGGAAUGAUGGCACGCCAGGUCCGAAUCCCCAAGACGAAGGCUACAUCCCCACCAAGAAGAGAUUGGUUCAGAUACCAGUAGGAGUCAAAGGAGAUGGAGACCGUGCAGAACCUUCUGAUACGUCUACUCAUCAUGGAUCCGAAAUUGGAGAUGACCAGUAUGAUGCAUUCUACAUGCCCGAUCAACCAAAGCCCAAGAUACUUUCAGAUCCUGCUGCAGAUAGGCUUCGUGCCCUGGAAACGAAAAUCAAAGCCAUAGAAGGAAACAACAUCUUCGGUGCUUCUGCCAUGAACAUGCGUUUGGUAUCGAAUUUAGUCAUCUCAGCUAAAUUUAAAACCCCUGAUUUCGAGAAAUACAAAGGACAAACUUGUCCAAGAAGUCACUUGGUGAUGUAUUUCAGGAAAAUGGCUGCUCAUACCGAAAAUGACAAACUACUCGUACACUGUUUCCAAGACAGUUUGAGUGGAGCAUCUCUGAGAUGGUAUAUGAGUUUAGAACAGGGCCGAAUUCAAAGUUGGGAGGAUUUGGCUGACGCAUUUCUCCGUCAGUACAAAUACAACUUAGAUAUGGCACCCGACCGAAUGCAGUUGCAGGGGAUGGCUAUGAAGGAGAGUGAGUCAUUCAAAGAAUAUGCCCAGCGGUGGAGAGAGUUGGCUGCUCAGGUAGAGCCACCAUUGUCUGAGAAGGAAAUGACCGGUAUAUUUGUGGACACCUUGAAGGACCCUUUCUUUGAUCGAUUAGUGAGCAGUGCCGCAUCUGACUUCGCACAUCUCGUCACGAUUGGAGACCGCAUAGAGAAGGGGUUGAGAGAUGGAAAAAUUCCUGGAGCAGUGACAACAUCUAGCGCACCAAAGAAAUAUUCUGGAGGAUUCCCAAAGAAAAGAGAAGGUGAAACAAAUGCCAUAUCCAGGAACUACAAAGGGAAGCAACAAGCUUCAUAUGGUCAAGUCGCCGCCGUGGUACCUAUACCCUAUCAGCAGCCGACGCAACAACAACAAAUGUAUCAACCACAACAUCAACAACAUCAUCAUCAACAAAAUACCGCACCACCAAGACAGUUCAAGCCAAGACCUCCAAGAAGACAACUUGAUCCUCUACCAGUACCUUAUAGUCAGAUAUUCCCAUAUCUGCAGAAGGAGGGACUUCUAACAUUGAGGGAGUUAAAACCAGUUGUUUUUCCAUAUCCACCUGGAUACGACGCUAAUGCCCAUUGUGAAUUUCACAUGGGAGCGCCUGGUCAGAAUCGAGUACAAGACUUGAUCGAAGCCAAGGUCGUUUCUUUCACUCCAAGACGCCCGAACAUGAAUACCAACCCUAUGCCAACGCAUAAGGAUGCUUCCGUCAGUGCCAUUGAGGAGAGUGAUGGAGGCAAACUGAUCCGUAAGGUCGAAGAGAUUCAAACCCCUAUCACCAUGAUAGGAGCACAAUUGCUGAAAAGUGGUUUGAUCCUGGAAGAGAUGGUUGAGGAAGAGAAUAAUGAAGAGUUGAGGAGUUUUAUACAACGAAUGCUGGAUCGAGGCGAGUUACAGAUAACUUACCAUGUCAAGAGCAAGCGCCAGGAAGAGAUAGUCGUGGUAGAUAUCCCCUAUGAUGAGGUCAGAGUAGAAAUACCUAUAAAUACGUUGGUGAUAGAGUUCCCAGCACCUUUCGAAUAUAAAGAUGAGAAGGCAGUCCCAUGGAUAUAUCAGCCCAGAGCUUUUAAGCAGGGGCAGGAAGAUAAACCUUUAAUGAUUAAUGAACCAAAUGUCACUUCAAUUGUGGGCCCAGCAGGAAUGACGCGCAGCGGCCGAGUGUUCGCACCAAGAACUGUUGAUACUUCUGAGAGAGCUAAAGGGAAGGAGGCUGUUAUCCCCAUUCCUAAUCAGGGGAUGCAAGACAUGCACCUGUCUCCUAAAGCUGGUGUCACUCAUGAGGAGGCUGAGGAGUUUUUGAAAAUAAUCAAGAAAAGCGAUUACAAGGUGGUGGACCAGCUAAACCAAACACCCUCCAAAAUUUCCAUGUUAUCUCUCCUCCUCAACUCAGAAGCACACAGGAAUUCACUGUUGAAGGUAUUGAGCGCCGCUCAUAUCACCAAGGACAUAACAGUAGAACAGUUUGAUGACGUAAUAGCUUGUGUGACUACUGGAAAUUUCUUGGGUUUUAAUGAUGACGAACUACCGAUUGAAGGAAAGAACCAUAACAAGGCUCUCCACAUCUCUUUGAAAUGCAUGGAUACUAUACUGUCAAGGGUGUUGGUAGACACAGGUUCCUCAUUGAACGUCAUGCCAAAGACAACUUUGAUAAAACUGCCAGUGGAAGGAAUAAGGAUGAAGCCCAGCACCCUAAUCGUAAAAGCAUUUGAUGGCUCAAGGCGAGCAGUGAUAGGAGAGGUUGACUUACCAACCAAGAUCGGUGCAACAAUUUUUAAUAUUACGUUCCAGGUCAUGGAUAUACAUCCUGGCUAUAGUUGCUUACUCGGGAGACCCUGGAUUCACUCUGCAGGUGCUGUCACCUCCACUCUGCAUCAAAAACUAAAAUUCAUCACAAAUGACAAAAUGAUUGUGGUUGGAGGAGAAGAAGAUAUCUUGGUCAGUCACUUAACAUCUUUUCGGUAUAUCGAGGUGGAUGGCGAAAUCACUGAGACACCAUUCCAAUCCCUGGAAGUGGUAAACAUGAUGGCCGUUCAACAGACCUUGGAAGUCCCAAAAUCCGGACCUUCCAUGGCCUCAUGGCAAGGAGCUAAAGCCGUUAUGGAAAGUGAAGAUGCACAAGACUGGGGCAAAGUGGUGGAAUUGAAAGAGAAACGAGACAAGUUCGGCUUAGGGUAUGACCCAUCAUCAUACAAAGUUGGUAACCAAUCUCACAAAGAGAAGAUUCCUUCUGUGGAGAAAACAUUCACCAGCGCUGGCCACAUCUUUGGCAAGCAGGUGGCAAUGAUCAGUGAAGAAGACCGCAAGGAGGGGGAGUCCAGCUGGAUGCGUCAAGCCGCACCUAAUGAAGAACUAACAAACUGGAAGGCUGUGGAAGUUCCCCAAAUAUUUCAAAAGUAAUUUUAUCAUUUUUAGACAAAACCCUGUGCUCUGCCCAAGGCACAGUGGCAUGUUGUA